AUGCUCGCCCGCACCCUCCGCGCCGCGGGCGCAAGCACAACCCAUCCCAGCGCCGCCGCCGCCCAACAACAGCUCCGAACAGCAUGCUCCUCCUCCCACCCGUCACGCGGCCCCGAAACCCUCCCCUCAAGUCCAAUCCGCGUCCUCCGCACCGUCUCCGCCCUCCGCCACUGGCGCCGCCCCCACGUCCAAAACUACCGCUCCGUCGGCCUCGUCCCGACAAUGGGCGCCCUCCACGAGGGCCACCUCUCCCUCAUCCGCGCCGCCGCCCGCGAGAACCACCACGUCGUCGUCUCCAUCUACGUCAACCCGGCCCAGUUCGGCAUCGCAGAAGACCUGGCGUCCUACCCGGUAACCUGGGCACGCGAUAGCGAGAUCCUGCGGAACCUCGACCGCGAGUUGGCCGGCGACGGGGAUAUGCUCGGUCGCGUGAGCGCCGUGUUUGCGCCGACGACGGGGGAGAUGUAUCCCUCUGGGUUUCCCGGGCAAGAGGUCAGCAGCAAAGGCAGUUUUGUGACGAUUACGCCUGUGGGCGAGGUUCUCGAGGGCGCGAGCAGACCUACCUUCUUCCGGGGCGUCGCGACGGUGUGCAUGAAGCUGUUCAACAUUGUCCAGCCAGAGCGCGUAUACUUUGGCCAAAAGGACGUGCAACAAACCGUCGUCAUCCGCCGCAUGGUGGAAGACUUCAUGCUCCCCAUGGACGUCGUCAUCGGCGAGACGACGCGCGCGGAUGACGGCCUGGCUCUGAGCUCGCGUAAUGUCUAUCUAGGCGAGCGUAGGCGCAAGGUCGCGACGGUGCUUAACCGCGCGCUCAAGGCCGCAGAGGAAAAGUACCAACAAGCGGGUGCGCUGGACCGAGAGACGAUCCUCGGGGCUGCAAACCAGGUUACGGCCGACGUCUUGGCGGAGCAGUCGAAGCUGGCGCCCAAGGAUAGGGUCAUGUUCGAGGUGGACUACAUCUCGCUGGCAGACCCGGACACCAUGCAGGAGAUAGACACUGUUUUGCCGACAAAGGGCGGUAUACUGAGCGGCGCUGUGAAGAUGCUGCCCGUGGAAGAGCCGCGGCCAGGCGAGGAUCUUGGUCAUAACGACGGUCCCGCAGUGCGCCUCAUUGACAACAUUAUUCUCAAGCCUAAUACCCAGUAA